CGGAAUCGAUUCUUUUUUGGAUACGAGGAUUCUAAGCUGCUGUUGCUGCACCUAGUAUCGCAUUAUAACAUAUCUAUUCCGUUUUCUACACCAUUUGAACCCGUCUGUACAAACAGACAGCGUCUCUUAGCUUCACCUGUCCACCUCCUCACCGGUAAACAUGGCAGAUCGAGAGCACUUGGUAUACCAGGCGAAACUAGCAGAACAAGCCGAGAGAUACGAUGAAAUGGUGGAGUCUAUGAAGAGCGUCGCAGGAAAGGACAUAGAGCUCACAGUAGAGGAGAGAAACCUGUUAUCGGUGGCGUAUAAGAACGUGAUUGGAGCUCGACGAGCCUCCUGGAGGAUCAUCAGCAGCAUCGAGCAGAAAGAGGAGAGCAAGGGAGGAGAGGACAAACUCAAAAUGAUCCGAGAAUACAGACAAGCGGUUGAGAAUGAGCUGAAAUCUGUUUGCAGUGACAUACUGGAUGUACUGGACAAGCACCUCAUUCCUGCAGCCAACACGGGAGAAUCCAAAGUUUUCUACUACAAAAUGAAAGGUGACUACGACAGGUAUCUUGCAGAGUUUGCUACAGGUAAUGACAGGAAGGAAGCAGCGGAGAACAGUUUGGUGGCGUAUAAAGCCGCCAGUGACAUCGCCAUGAUUGAGCUCCCGCCCACACAUCCCAUCCGGCUCGGACUCGCUCUCAACUUCUCUGUCUUCUACUACGAGAUCCUGAAUUCUCCCGACCGCGCCUGCAGGUUGGCGAAGGCGGCGUUUGACGAUGCGAUAGCGGAGCUGGACACGCUGAGUGAGGACAGUUACAAGGACUCGACGCUCAUCAUGCAGCUGUUACGGGACAACCUGACGCUCUGGACCUCAGACACACAGGGAGACGGUGAAGAACAAAAUAAAACAGCGGUGCAAGAUGCUGAGGAUGAAAAGCAGUGAGAAGUGACUGCUAACAUGCUAAACUUCCUUCUGUCCAUCUGCCUCUCUCUCUUUCUCAGUGUCUCUCGUGUAUCCCUGUCUCUCAGGGAAGCCCAUGGUGUCAUAGAGAAGAGUUCAGAUGAUGAAUACUGCUUCUGUCCAUCCCUGUCUAUCACCUCAUCUUUUCUCCUCUCGCUCGUUAUAUCAUACCUUUGCUCUCACCUCUCUGACCAUCUACACUAGUUCAGAAUAAUUAAGACUUGAAAAAAAACUCUCUUCUGCUCACAAAGGCUACUUUUGUUUAAUAAAAAUACAUUAAAAACAAUAAAAUUGUGAAAUAUUAUUACAAUUUAAAUGACUGGUUUCUAUUGUAAUAUGGUUUAAAAUAUCAUUUAUUUUUUUGGAUGCAGAGCUGUAUUUUCAGCAUCAUUACUCCAGUCUUCAGUGUCACAUGAUCUUCAGAAAUUGUUCUAGGGUGCUGAUUUUCUCAAUUAUUGGCGCUCAAGGAUGCAUUAAAUUGCUCAUAUAAAUGCUGUUAUUUUGAAAUUCCUAUUCAUAAAAUUUUUUAGAAAAAAAAUAAUUGUGGUUUCCACAAAAAUAUUAAGCAACAAAAACAACGUUGAUAAUGUAAUAACUGAGCACUAGAAAUAUUUGAGCAGCAAAUCAGCAUAUUAGAAUGUUUUUUGAAGGAUCAUGUGACACUGAAAUACAUUACAUUUUAAAACAUAUUCAAAAUAGAAAACAGUUAUUUUAAAUUGUAAUAAUAUUUCUCAGUGUUACAGUUUUUACUAUAUUUCUCAUCAAACAAACGCUUGUUAAGCAUGAGAGACUUCUCGUGCAAAUAAUCUGAAUUAUUCCAAACUUUUGACCGGUAGCGUAUAUUUCGGGGGGUUUUAGGGUUUUAUUUUAUUUUAUUUUUUCUUAAAUGUUUUUUAAUUAACUAUUCACUUAGAUCUUAUAUGAUUAUAUGAGGCCAGAAUGGAGACUUUCCUCUGUAAGGUUUGGUUUUAUUACGUGUUAAAAGAUCCCUGAGAAUCACGCUUUUAUUACGUAAGUUUGCGUUCGCAUAUUUCUUUAUCAGUGUUGUGCUGUCAGUUGUUCAGCUCAGUGGCCAUUACUGGAGGCAUUUAUUUUUGUUUUCUUGAAAAUAGAAACACAAGCCAUUUAUCAUAAAUGUACCCUCAAAAACAUUUCCUUAAAAGCAAAGUGUUUGUAUAAUUUUUUAUUUUUUUUUUGUCAGCAGUUCUCUGUCUGUGGUAUUGUGUGAUGUGGUCUGUGACAAUGGGUCAAUAACUAUAACACUUUUCAAGCUUUUAGGAAAUGAAUGCAAACCUCGCCUCACCUUUAUUCAAAAACUGCUGCUGCAGAAAUAUUGCUAUAGAGCCGUAAAUAGGAUGGCUUUUUGUGUUUUAAGGGAGGAAAAACAUUUCUCAAGAUCAGAUGCAAAACAAGCACGGUGCAUUAGUUUUCCUUCAGUUGAAUAUGAAGUGAAACUCUAGUUAGGGAUUUUGGUCACACUUUACAAAAAAAAAAUUGUUAACAUUAGUUAAUUAUACGAGUUAACAAUGAACAAUACUUAAAGAGCAUCAUUAAUCUAAGUUCAAUUUUAACACUUACUAAUACAUUUUUCAAAUCAAAAGUUGUAGUUAAUGCACUUGAAUUAACGAAUAAAUGAACAGUCGUUUCAUGCUAUAAAAUUUGAUCACACUAUUUUAAGGUGUCCUUAUUACACUGUUAUUAUGCAAUUUAGUACUGUGUAAUAUUAACAUGUAUUUACUUUAGAAUUUUAGGUCAGUUUCUUUUUAAUUUUGUACAGUAAGUACAGUAAUGUGCAACAAGGACACUGUAAAGGUAAGCAAGUUACCAAAUAUUCUGCUAGUUGCUAGUUCGUUUUAGUUAAUGCAUUAAUGUUGACAAAUGAGACUUUGUGAAGUGUUGCCAGGAUUUAUUUGUGUAUCUUCUCUGGGUCUGGCUCUUUCUCUCUUCUGUCAGCAUCCUCAUGUAUUUCUUCUGUUUCUUCAGUACAUGUAACAUGAAUCUGAUUUGUACUACUGUUAAUUCUGCCUGAAGCCAACGAGCACCUGGAAACACAGCAUGGGAUCGACUCGACCUUUCAGAUAAACCAAGACUAAAUAAAUGAACUAAUAAAACACUAUCUUUACCUUUC